AUGGCAACGAAAGCUGAAAUUCAAUCUGAUGAACGAUGGGUGUUUGAGAAAGGUUUUCAAAAUAACCCUGAAACUCCAGAACCUGUCGAACUCCAAGUAAAAGGAAACAUUCCGAAAUGGGUGGAAGGUGUAUUACAUCGUAAUGGACCAGGAACGUUCGAAAUCCCCGUCGAGAAAAAUAAAUCCGUGUUUAAAUUUCAUCAUUGGUUUGAUGGGCUUGCUCAAGUACAUCGAUUUGAAAUCCGUGAUGGCAAGGUCACGUAUCGUAGUCGUAGUAUUGCAACUGCUAUUGAAAAAGCGAUCGCGGAAAAUGGAAGGAAUCCCGAUAUUACUUUUGCACAAGAUCUAUUAUCGGCGAAAACGCACCGACAACUAGUAGCCCAGACGGACGCUAAUAUCUUAAAAACACUCGAUCCAAUCACCCUCGAACCGAUAAAAGUUUUCAACUUUUCGGAAUACGAUCCACGCCUUAAUGGAGAAAUGUCCCCUGCGCAUCCACAAUAUGAUGCCUCGACCGGAGAAUUUAUUAGUUUUACACAAAAGAAUGGGCCGAAAACAAAAUAUACGGUUUUUUCGAUUCGUAAAGAUCUGGAAACGGGAAAACCAAUUACGAAAAUUCUUUCUACAAUUGAAGCGUCGAAGAGUGUUUAUUUGCAUAGUUUUUCGUUGACAAAGAAAUACGUUAUUCUUAUUUUGUGGCAAUGUGAUCUUGGAUGGAAUGGGCUAAAAGUAGUCUGGAACAAAAACCUCAUGAAAGCAUUUAAACCAUGGAAUAAAAAUGAAUCUACUUACUACUAUGUAAUCGACAGAGACCGGCAAAAACACGUCGCGACAUAUACUUCUCCAACGUAUUUCUGUUUCCAUACAUUAAACGCUUGGGACGAAAACGAUGACAUCAUGUUAGAUUUGAUACAAUAUGAAGAUAAUAAUAUCAUUGAAGAACUUGCAUUACCAGUGUUAUUGGGUGAAUUAAAGGCCAAUGAAGAAUUGUUAAUAUCGAAGAGUAGAUUAACUCGAUAUCGACUUCCUAAAGUAUCAGAAAAAUUAACGUCAGUUGCUGCUAGCGAACAUCCGAAAAAAUUACCGUCUGCUGAAACAGUGUUUCAAAAACAUCGGUUCGUUUAUGGCGGAAACACUUCUAAAUCCAAUGGCCGGCUUCUAGACGCAAUACUAAAACUCGAUCUCGAGCGAAACCCCGACGGAUCAUUUUCAUACAAAAAGUGGGAACAAUGGUCAUGCACUCCUAGCGAACCGAUCUUUAUUCCGGCUCCUAACGCAGUCGAAGAAGAUGAUGGAGUAGUGCUAAGUGUCGUGCUAGAUGGGAUAAAAGGUACAAGCCUCUUGUUGGUGCUGAAUGCAAAAUCUUUUAACGAGAUUGCGAGAGCUGAACUUGAAUAUGGAAAAGUUAUCCCGUAUGGUUUUCAUGGUGUAUGGAAGAACGAAAAUUAG